AUGAGUGCUGUAAGUCUUAGUGCAGCGACAGAUUAUCACCGUGACAAGAAAACCCAGUGCAGCCCCCUCAUUAGCUCUACUCACACAGUGAAACUCUUCACCGGUAACUGGGUAACUCGGGAGUUAAGUCUCUGUACAAUUUACAGAGCACUUGUGACCUCGUGUUCACCGCUAGGAUUUACCACGACCACCGAGCUGGUUGCACCACCUGGAAUCCUAGAGCGGACCGGAAGUGAGCGCAGCUCCCGGGGCCUGGCUGGAACGAGCUGGGGCCUGAGGCGGGUGUGUGAGACGAGCCCCCACCUCGCCCGGGAGUGUCGCUUGUUGCCCACUUCUUUGGCUUGGCUCGAGAGGGUCCGAGCUCCCUUGAGGGGGAAGUGGCGGAGGGGAGAGGGCGUCUGCGCGGCGACAAUCGGGCCUUCCCUGCCGACGGCUAGCGGUGUGGAAGAGCUCCUCUCCCUCUCCCCGCAUCCCGGGCCCGGGCCUCGGAGCGCCGGUUUCAGAGAGACCUGUGUGGUUUUCUUGUUUGGGGAUAGUAGACCCAGGCUUUAG